CCCAGCGUCGACGACGCUCCGCAUGCACACCUGCCGCGUCCCGCCGCCCAAGCCGAGCACCCUCCGCACACGUUUGCCCGUCUCCCUUGCAUCCCCACUCCGCCGUGCCCACGAAGCUUUCGCUCCCAUCGCCCUGCCAUCCCUGCAAGGCCUGGCCCCCCCAUCCACUGGCCCCUCUUCUCGCCCGCCCUCCCGGAUGGUCCUUCAACAUGGGAGAGAUGGCUCUCGACCCUAGCACUGUGCCUCCCGAUUUAAUCCCACGCCAGUCCCUCUGUUUCUCACAGCCCACCCCAGGCAUGGUCGUCCACGCCGGGGACCAUGGUUUCAACGACGAGUUACUUCGCCACUACAGCCCUGUCGAAAGCAACGCAGCAGAGCAAUUCGUCCGGCUCAAGGAUGCCCUCCGCAACGCCGACGCAGAGACCUUCUGGCACCUCCUCACCGAAGGACUGGCCAACAUCGCCGGCGCCCAGUAUGCCUUCGUUUCCAAGCGCAUUCUCCAACACGACAGAGACGUCGCCGUCGAACUGCCCCCAAUCGGCGAACCGGGCGCCUGCCUCAUGGGGGCUGCGUUUUACGUCAACGACGGCCACGGCAACACCGCCCACAUGAACAACUUCAAAUAUCAUGCCUACCAGUGUCCCUGCGCAUACAUGAAGCACGACAAGAUCUUCAUAAUCCCGGAAAAGCUCAACGACUUCAUCAUCAACAACCCCAACGAGCUGGUCGUGCCCGGCGAGGCAUAUCUUGGAAUCCCCCUAUUCGCCCAUGGCAAGUGCUUCGCCCAUUUUGGAGUCAUGUGGAGCCCAGAAGGAGCCGCAGCGCGGCGCCUGAGCUGGGGCUAUCUAGAAAUGUUGUUCCACGGUCUGGAAGACCUCAUCCUGCAGCGCGUUCUCGAGGGAAAGAGCUUUGCGAAAUCCGCAGAGGUGCUGAAAAAAGAAACAAGGGUUGUCCCCCACGAGGCUGUAUCGAUGGCGCAGUCACUGAAGCCGUAUGCCCGGAGCCUUUCGCACGAACUGCGCACGCCAAUGCAAGGUGUUGUGGGCAUGUUGGACGUAAUGAUGGCAAACAUCAAGGAAGUCGCCGAGGACACGCACCAUGACCCCCGAAUACGAAAGCUGCUCGACUCGUUGAAGCAAAACAUCGAGGCCGUACAAGACUCUUCGCGACGUGCGGUUGAAGCUGCCGACAAUGUAGUACACGCUUACGAUAUGAACAUGGGAGUGCCAGAAACUCCUACGACACCCCUGGAUGCCGAUUUCUCUCAGGUGAAUGUCUUCCUCCGAAACAGUCGGCCAGAGAUCCCAGUCACUGGCGACACGCUUCCUUUUGCUCAGUACCGUGGCAUAAAGAGAAAGAGAGAGGAGGUGCUUGCUUGGUCAGGGCAAGUGCGAGUGGCAAGAAGCGCUCGUCGUCGAGUCAGACAUUCCAUCUCAGAAGAAUCUCUCAGCGGCACAGCACGCGCGGGCCGUGUUUCAAAAAGACUAAGCCCCGUCGAGACCGUGGAGGAAAUUUGCUCACAUGGCGUGGUGGGAACUCGUGGGGAAGUCGAUCCUGGUCUGUCGCCCAUGUUUGCCUCGGAACAGUCAAUUGCACCCGGCUUACGAUACACUAAUUUGCGUGAAGUGAUUCAGUAUGUCAUCAACGAUGCACUGAAAGUCGGGGGUCGGCCUGAUUCUGCCAUUGCGGAGGAGACGGACCGUGGCGAAAAGAUUGAGGUACGGACACGGAGCUCCAACGGUGAAGCGCGUUCGAAGAUGAUCGAAUGGACAGUAUCGCCAGAUGUCCCCGACACAAUCGUGAUUGACGAAAAGGACCUUGCCAAGAUGAUCUCCUGUCUAGCUCUGAACGCUAUCAAGUUUACAGAACACGGCACGAUCAGUCUAAACGCUUCGCUCAGUGUCAAUGCCAGGUACAUUGUCAUAAACGUAAAGGACACAGGCUCAGGGAUCCCUGCCGCUUUCUUGCCGAACCUCUUCAAACCUUUCUCACGAGAAGACGAUUCCACUACGCGCGCCAGCGAAGGGCUGGGCCUCGGUCUGAUGGUGGCGAAAGGGCUUGCGAGGAAACUCGGGGGGGAUUUGUUCUGCCUCCGAUCGCACGUAUCGGGUCCGCAAAGAGGCUCUGAGUUUGAGAUGCGAGUGCCGAUGACGCCUGGCGAAGUGUGCAGCCGCCCAGGCUCACCUUUCGGAUCGCCAAGUCUCUCCGCAAGAUCCCGUCUGUCCAUGGAAGCAGAUGUGAUGCCGGCAAACGUUACACGCCAACAUAGCACGCCUCCACCCGCAGAGCCGUUACAACUUAAGGCCCUAACCUCCAACAGCCCUGCGCCCGUCAAGUCUUCGCUUGGGCCUCAACACCUUGGCCUGCCAUCUCCUCGCUCUGCGUCACCAGCCCGAUCGCGUGCUAUCUCCAAGGGAAGAAAGUCACAUCGUAGCAGCCAUGACAAGAAGCUUGCUGAGGCUUAUCCACUCAACUUCCUAGUAGUUGACGACAACCGCAUCAACCGAAGCGUGCUACGCCACAUGCUCAAGAACCUCGGCUACACCAACGUUUAUGAAGCCUACGAUGGUAAUGAUGCCGUGCAGCAGAUGCGCAACAACGUGCAACGGCCUUGUCACGAGGCCAUCAACGUCAUCCUCAUGGACCUUUGGAUGCCACGGCUCGACGGAUUCCAGGCCACCGAGUCGAUCUUGAAGAUAGAUGCAAUCGUCGAGAAGCCAAUCGUGCUUGCCGUUAGCGCAGAUGUGACCGACGCAGCUGUGGAUCGCGCCGGCAAGGUGGGCAUGAAGGGAUUCCUCACGAAGCCUUUUGUUAUACGGGAUGUCGAGAAGCUGAUCAAACAGCAUUGCGCUCCGGCAAUGGGCCCACUUUGAGGGGUGUUGCGUGCGUACGUCGCUUCUCGAACGUUCCACCGUGUUACGGUAUGCACAUGCAGGGUUUAUAGCGCACCCACAUGGAGGCUGAGAUGCUCGCCUCGGAAGCAUC